AUUUUGCGUAAGAAACUAAUACGGUCAGGAACUCUCUCUCCCUUUCAGAGGAUAUCUGCAAACAUAAAUACAUGUUAAUUAAUGCUAUGAUGUGAGUAACGGAACGUUUCUAUGUAUGGUUGGUGGCAUUGCUGAUAUUGGUUCUUUUUAUAGUGUUGGUCAAAAUGGGGCUGAAUUAAGGGUGUGUAGACGACUAACCUAAUCUAUGGGUUGACGUUGACAACGUGUCUGAAGGUACGAGAUAAACAGCUGCAUGGUUGAAAUGGUUUUAAACGCGUGGUUGAAGAACCGGUAACAUUUUAUGGUUCCACCGUACCAUGGCUGUUUUGAGAUGAUCGUACGAGUCCACAGUUUGGUGGUGCUUGUGAACUCAAAUUGAGGAGUGCAGAAACAGGUUUUAGACCAAUCUUGUCAUCAUGUUGCCACUGACGCAUAAAGACCCUACACGUUCCAUCCUGUCACGCAUAAAAGAGAAGUUUGGUGGAUGGGUGCGCCUCAUUUUCUCGGACAGAAACUCCAGAAAUUUGUUCCUUUUUCUGAUACUGAAUUUGUCGUUUGCAUUCGUGGAACUGGCGUACGGGAUAUGGACAAACAGCUUGGGACUCAUCUCGGAUUCGUUCCACAUGUUCUUCGACUGCACCGGCCUGCUCGCCGGUUUGGCCGCCUCCGUCAUCACCAAGUGGCGCGCCAACGACAAGUUCUCGUACGGCUACGUGAGGGCGGAGGUGCUGGCGGGCUUCGUCAACGGCCUGUUCCUGCUGUUCAUCGCGUUCUUCAUCAUGUCGGAGGCCGUGGAGCGGCUGAUCGAGCCGCCGGAAGUGAAGCACGAGCGGUUGUUCGUCGUCUCCGUCCUGGGACUGCUGGUCAACCUGGUGGGCAUCUACGCCUUCCAGCACGGGCACGCCCACGGCGGGGGUCACGGGCACUCGCACGGCGGAGACCACGGCCACUCGCACGGAGGCCACGGCCACGGCCACAGCCACAACAACGUGCACGGCCUCGACGUGGAGGAGCUGGGCGGCAGCAACUCGCAGAUCAUGAAAGGCGUGUUCCUGCACAUCCUGGCAGACACCCUGGGCAGCGUGGGCGUGAUCGUGUCGGCCGUGCUGAUGCAGAUGUUCGGCUGGAUGAUCGCGGACCCCAUAUGCUCCAUGUUCAUCGCGGUGCUGAUCGCCCUCAGCGUGCUGGCGCUCAUCAAGGACUCUGUGUUGAUCCUGAUGCAGCGGCAGCCGGCGGCGCUGGACCGGGUGCUGCCCCAGUGCUACCAGAAGGUGAUGUCCCUGGCGGGGGUGUACAGCGUGCAGGAGCCGCACUUCUGGACGCUGUGCAGCGACGUGUACGUGGGCGCGCUCAAGCUGGAGGUGUCCAAGGCCGUCGACCCCAAGUACGUCGUGGGCCAUACGCACAUGAUCUUCGCGGCGGUCGGCGUCAAGCAGUUGUACGUGCAGCUAGACUACGCCCCCAUGUGAUCUGAGCGGGCGCCGCGCCGGGAGACGAAAUCUGAAGAUACGGGAGGCCUCGUGUCGGAGCUCAACGUGGCCGUGCAGUGCGGCGUGUGCCGCCAGAGAUGGGUGUGUGCCGUGCUUCUUUUCGGCUGGUGCAAACAACUGAUCUUCGAGGUCGUGUAUUGUCCGGAAAGGCGCAGGAAGUGGAGGAAAACUGACGCUUGCUACUUCAGAAACACGCUAGUGGUGGUUUAAACAUCCUUCGUUUUACUGCCUCUACAUGGAUUGGGAUUUUAAAACUUUUUUUUUUUUACAUCACAAAAUUUAUAGUUUUUGUGAACUAAAAUUUUAUAUCAUGUUUCUGCAAACUGUGAUGUAAUUUUUUUUUACAUUCCAAAUUGCAUUUAUUUGUUACUUAUUUGUUGAUUUUAUUUAUAUUUAUGGUUGAUUGAUACUGUGCAUUCUAAAGCAGGGAUUCCUAGCUGUUUAUGUGAGUGGUCAUUACAUCUAGUUUAGUGUUGUAGUAUUUGUUGCAGCAUUAGCUGGUCUAUUCUGCUUGCACUUUGGCAAUCUUGGACUCAGACGAUGUGUGUUCUUCAGUUUUUGUGGGACAUGACGAAUAUCGGUGUCUAGUAGAAAAUUGUGGCAGGUUUAAUCGAAGGUCCAUUGUGAAUAUCAACUGUUCAGACCCAAAUGGAAGUAAAGGUGGCUUAUACAGCACACUAACCUGACAGACUUUUCAACAGCUGACACAAUAACCAAAUGGAGUAGAUUAUGAUUUGGCAAAAUUAUAAUACUGUAUUUGGUAGGCAUUUGCAAUCGGCCAGACAAAAAUGUUAAAAAGUGACAAAACUACUAGUGUAUCAAAUAUAAUGUGAUAUUAUUGUAGUGUAUGCUAAUGUUACUGAAUUUACUCGAUUUAAAGACAUAAUUUUUCUCUGUUAUUGACAGUGAAAAUUAUGAAUGGCAUCCUUCAUUUGCAAUAUUUAUUUUGUUUUAAGAUGCAUCCUUGUUGUGUCUUUUAUGCUCUUAAAAUGGUUUGUGGUGUACAAUCUGUGACAUCCUACAUUUAAUAUAAACUCAUUAACAUCAUUGGCAGUAUAAGUAUCAUUUAAGGAUGUUUUGACUGGUCAACUUUUCACGUUAGAUUAAAGGUUAAAGUACUAAUAUAUAAUUACAAAUUUUCCAUGGUGUUAUAUUACACAAAUACCUUGGAUAUUUAAAUUGUGAAUAUAGUUUCCCCUCAUUUUGUGUUUAAGUCGUCAAAUAGGUAAAUUCAUUGUUUACCAAUAAAAUCUGUUCCCAUGAUCUGUUACAUAGUGCUGGUAGUUAAUGAACUGUUUUAAUAAAACUAAUGCACUUUAACAACACUAACAACAAUUUAUAAAAUUUAUUCCAAAAAAGAAUAUGUUAAUUUCAUUAAAUUGUAUUUUAUUCAUGUUUUAACUGAGCACUUAUAAAAGGGUGCAUUAUAGAAUCAGUGGUGUCCUAUAUUCGAGUAAAUACAGUUAUGUUCUUUGUUCAACUGUAAGGAAAUAAUUUCAUUACUUAUUCUAUAUACAUUGUCUUCCCCUGCUAAAACAGCCCAAUUGAUAACUAUAAAAAAAAUUUCUGUUUUAAAUGUUGUUUAUUCUUAUGUUUUCUUCAGAUUUGAUUUUCUAAGAUGCCUAUAAGCAUUUCUAAAUAGUUGUUUCAUUGAGCUAUUCAAAGGUCCCAACUGCCACAUCCAAAUGUAUGUUCGCCAAAUUAUAAUAAUUAAACAAGAAAAUGUUCGCAAGUGUUUAUGUUGAGACUAGGCCUUUUUUUUCCCCCAGAUUUCACUAAGAAUAAUACUUUUAAAAAUUUCACUUUAGAAGUUAUUAUGUAUGCACUUCAAGCUUUGUAAACCAAGAAUAUGAAGUUUCUGUAGAGACAAUUACACAAUUAGUCGUUUCAAUAUUUUAAGUACAAAUAUUUGCCUGGUAUAUUACAAAUUGUCGAUAACAUGUGACCUUUAUGGUGACAAAAUUUGGCUGCAAAGCACAAACUGCAAUUAUUAUAUAGUUGAAUAUCAAUAGAAAUAGACCUAAACAAAAAAUAAUUGCAUCAAAAUGCAAUAAUAAAACAGGGACGUUAAGCCAAGCGUUUACCAUGUGAAAUGUUUUGUGUUUGAAUAAUUCUGUGUGGAUAUCAUGUAAUACAUAAAUAUAUUUUGUGUAUGUCAUGAAAUUGGCCAGUCGCUUAAAUGGGCAACUAAGAAGCAUAUAUUUUAAAAUAUAUACAUGUAUAUAUAAAUGUUAUAAAUAUUUUAAUUAUUUUGAGAAAAAAAUAAUGUGAAUCAAUUAUUGUAAGCAUUUUUUAUGCAAAUAUUUUGAAAAUGUUGGCAGAGGUAUAAUACAGCAAUUAUGUGUUCUAUUUAUUUAAAAACUUUCUGUAAAACACCAUUCAUCAUAGCAAGAUCAGUUCUAUUGUCUGUUGAUUAUGUAGUUAAAAUGUUCAGCUGGAUAAAAACAGUUAACAAGAAUUGGAGUGAAGAGCUAAACCAAACACACUAGAAACCAAUACCUCUAUGCUAUCAACACAGGUGCAGUUUCAGUCGUAUUCCUAUAUGAGGGGCAUAGGGGGUGAUCCCCCACCCAACUUAACACCCCUAAACUAUAAAAAUUUAGAAAAAUGUAGAUGACAAAAGCUAGGUCCACUCUUGCACAGCAAGCAUGCGACAAAUAACAUAGUGAGAUGGAAAGCUACUUUUUUUUAUUAGCUGAUAGUUAAAUAAUGUGUGUGUGUGUUUAUAUAUAUAUAUACUAUAUACACACACACACACCUAUUUGUCAGGUAAAAAAAUUUUCCUUCCCCCCACCCCCUGCUCCACUCAAUUUGGUACAAGUUUUGAAGCAAUGUAGUUUUAUGUUUGCAAUAAAGCAGUAAACUUUUAUACCUAUAAAAAAAUUCUUAAAGAGGAAGGGUUGGUUUCUUUUUCUUCAUUAACCUAAUGUUAGUGUAGUAAAUUUCAUGGAAAUACGAUGUCGCUACUGCACGUAUCUUCUGCCGUCUGUUGGAGUGUGUGGAAAUAACUGCAGGUUUGUCGGACUAAAAUUGUGAAGCUGUCCUAUGCUGGUAUCUAGUGUUUUUGGUGAAACUGUACUGUGGGGUUAAGAAGUUAAGGAGUUGGUGUAAGCAGUACUUAGUCAAAAUGAGAAUGAUUCUGCUCUUUCUAUCUAGAUAGCAAAACAUAUUUUGGUUUUCAUGAAGUUAUUGAAGUGAAACUUUUAAUGCGACUUCCAACAAGGUUGCGUUAAACCUUCAACGCUCCUGGGGAGGGGGAAUAGAAAGAGACAGAGCGAGAGUGAAUGCGUGGCACUCGAACGCAUGCGCGUAGUAUACCUGUUACAGGCCAGCGCGAGCGUUAGCAACGAGUAGCGUCCAAUAUUCCAACGCAAGAGGGAGAGAGAAAGAAAGAUACACAAAGGUAGAAAGUAUGAGAGAGAAAGAGAGUGAGUCGAUAGAUCCCAAGCACAUGCGCGUGGUAUUCUUACUAUGCAGCGAAGUAAACAGUAAAGUUUCAUUUCUUCUGCGCGGAGGGACUCCACGCACUAUUUUUUUAUUCCUUGCAGAUGUAUCAUCUUAGUUUGGAAUCUUACGAUUCUACCUUGGGAGUUAAUUUCAAGUUAUUAAAAAAAAAAAUUCUAGCCACUUUAUACAGCUACGAUUUGUUUUGUUAACCAGAGGAAUUCAACUUUUUAACAGAGCCCCACUCCAUAACAAAUACUUGCAUGAUUUGUACGAAGGUUUUUUUAUUAUUUAGCUUUGCUUUAACUUAUGCAGUAUGUUUUGCUAAGUGGUUAUAUUUUGAUAGUUUAUGUAAUUGUCUGAAUUCAACACAAGUUUAGUUCAGUUUACUGUUUUAUGUUACUAUAAAUUUUUUUUGUUUUAAUUGUUGUAAUAAAGCGAAUGAGUUCUUGUGUAAAACACUUGGAGAAUCAAGUUAACAGGUGGGCAGAAACAAUGAUUGGUAUGUUGUGUAUAAUUUUAUUAGACACUUGAUAAUGGGCAUGAUUAAAUGGUGGUUGAUGUUUGAAGAUAA